UCACUUAUUGUGUCGGUUACUCGGUAAUUCUCUCUCUCUCUCUCUCUCUCUCUCCCACCUAUCACUCUCUCUCUCCUCUUUUGUGAAACAAAACAAAUGUACUGAACUUUCAUUCUCUUACUGGGUUUCUCUUAAAAGGAGUUCUUUAAAACAGCAGUUAUAAUGACACGAUCACAAUUGCCAAAGUUUGGUAACUGGGAAAGUGAAGACAAUGUUCCUUACACUGUCUAUUUCGAAAAUGCAAGGAAAGGAAAAAGUGGCAAAAAGACGAAUCCAAGUAAUCCUGAUAUGGUUUCCAAUAACAGCUCUCCAGUUCAAGUCACUUCUGCAGGAAAGGCUGAACUGGAGGUUGUAAACGGACCAGAGACAGGAAGGCCAGGACACAAGCGUCAUAUGAGUCGAGAAGAUGGUGAACCAAUACCAGGUCCGAUAACUGAUAUUCAGUCCUCUCAUCAACAACAUGGCCAGGUUACAUCUGAAAAUAAUUAUAAGUCUGAAAUUGAGGCAAACAAAGUUCCGGAUGGAACUGGAUCAAGUCACCAGCACUGGCUGAGCGGGGAAGAUGGAGACAUUAAGAAACCAUCCAAUUCCCCGUUGCGUCAUGACACUAUUGGCAAGAAAGACCAUGCAGACUCUCCUCAUCAUCGGCUAGGAAGUGGAGGCACUUCUAGCCCUAAACGGGUUUCUAGGCAGAAUUUACGUCCUGACCGCAGUGUUGAACAGUCACCACUGCAUCCACACCACCAAACAAGGACUGGGAACAAAGGCAGUGGUGUUUCUUCUCCGUCCUGGGAAAGAAAGGGCUCCUCUGAAGGUACACAUGGCCUAGCUCCGUUCACUCCAGGAAGAUCCCGGUUGCGAUCAUCUGUUACUGGAGGCGAUGAAACUCCUGAUCAUGGCCCUGUAGUUCCAAAAUUUGGUGAUUGGGAUGAAAGUGAUCCUUCAGCAGGUGAAGGCUACACUCACAUAUUCAACAAAGUGCGAGAGGAGAAACAAAGUGAGACGGGAAAGGUACCAGUUGUGCCAGCUGAGACUUCUUAUACAUCAAAUGGUCAAAAGCAAUAUGCAAAUGAAAGUUCAAAGGGUUGUUUUUGCUUUCCAUGGGGCAGAAAGUGAUAUGUUUUUGGAACUUAUAUGAAUAGAGAUUGGGAGGAUAUGUACAUACUACCAGAAAUCAAGGCUCUCUUAGAGGAAAAUAGCAAAUGCAUGGUGAAAUUUUUUAGCAUGUGCAUUUUCUACUUAAAUUCAGUAUUUUUGCAAGAAUAUAUAUAUUAGACUUCUUUUUUGAAAGUGCAAUUAUUGGAGGAUUAAUAUUAGUUUCUUUUGUUUGUAACUGUUUAAUAUGAGCUUCAGGAUCUUUGUUUGUGCAUCA